AUGGCCCUGGGGGAAUAUGAGAGUCAGAUGGAGUUAGCAAAGUACAUCCCUGAUAAUGUCGUUGUACCUUUGGCAUAUGGGACUCUCGAAAAUGACCCCUCGGCAUCUUUCUUUUUGGCAAUCUUUCGCAACCUGAGUGAGAAAACCGCCACCCCAGCGCAGCUGGUGGAUGCCCUGGAGAAGUUGCACAAUAAUUCUGUCUCUCCGAAUGGCAAGUUCGGUUUCCAUGUAAUGACCUUCAAUGGCGUGGUGCCUAUUGUCAAUGACUGGUGCGACACAUGGGAAGAAUAUUUUUCUCGCCAGCUUAGAUCGGAUAUCAAGUGGGAACAAGGUAUUCGGGGACCAGAUCCGGAAUUCGAUGCGAUUGCAGACGAGUUCUUUCAGAAAGUCAUCCCAAGGCUAUUGCGACCCCUUGAAACUGGUGGAAGAAGCAUAAAACCUAGCCUCGUUCAUGGUGACCUCUGGCAAGGCAACGCGCAGAUUGAUAUGGUCACUCAACAACUCGUACUCUUUGACUCCUGUUGCUGUUAUGCCCACAAUGAAUUCGAUCUAGGUAUGAUGAGGGAGCCGAGAUAUCGGUUCACAGGCGAGCAUGUCGAUAGAUACAGGGAGGUCAUACGUCCUUCAGAGCCGGUAGAGGACUUUGAUGAUCGACACGCGCUAUAUGCCAUGCAUGAUAACCUUAUUAACGCUGGUCUUCAUGACCACCGGGCAUUUCUUCGUGGAUGGGUUCGGGAGGAAAUGCUGAGGCUUAUUGCGAAACAUCCGAACGGCAUUGACGGUCCACAGGAUGAUAGUGAAUGA